AUGUCUCUGGUCAUUGUCGACGACCAGUCCAGUUUGCUACAUUAUAGUGGAGGAUCUUGGGAAGCAGGAGCCAGCUAUGUCUUCCGGUUUAACGGCACGUCUACGAGCCUUCAUGGAGGCUAUGACGCUGGAACAUCAUGUUCUGGGCUCUUCACUAUCGACGCUAAUGCCACCACUUUCACUUCACCGAAUUUAACGACGGUCUUGAAUCAGCAAGUCCUCUGGUCCUCAGGCACUCUAGCAGACACAGAGCACAUCUUAAAUUACACCGUAACAUCAUGUGCCCCCUCCUCAACAGGGCAUGUGUGGUUCGACUACCUGUUGUACUCUCCCUCAAUCAACGCUUCCACGGACGACCUUCUUUUUUUUAUCGACGACACCGAUCCGCGACUUACAUACACAGGCAACUGGACGGCCCAAACGGGUAACGACGGAGAUUUUCAAUUGACGAGCCAUGGCGGAUCACAAGGUGCCUCGUUUCGGUUCGAAUUUGAAGGUACUCUGGUCUCGCUACAUGGACGAAUUGGGGAUGACACCAAUGGUGCCAACACCAAGGCGUCCUUCUCAAUCGACGGCGCUCCGUCGGUGACCUUUUCCUCCCCUUCCCAAGGCAGUAUCACAUUCAAUCAAGCACUGUUCCAAUCGGAUACGCUCUCGCCUGGCAAACACACCCUUGUUGCAACCUCCCAAUCGGGCUCAUUAUGGGUUGAUUAUCUUCUCCUCCAACCAAACCCUUCCACCCAAAAUCUCACCCCCGUAUCGCACUCGUCCCUCACCAUUGGAGAGAUCAUAGGCAUGGCUAUCGGGGCAGUAGUGCUUGCCCUUAUCAUUGCUCUGGCUGUCCUUUUCCGUCGACGGCUGUUUCAGCGGUCUCCAUCGCGAAAGCCUUCCAGGAACCACAAAUCGCGUCUUGUCAUUGGGGCACCCGACGUGUCGACGUUUACCCAUGUCAGUCACACUCCCUGGGUGCCUUCCAGGAGCUUCUACCCAGCGACAAAUUCUUCAGCCAGUGUUCUCACCCACAGCACAUCCAAUCCUUUUGAUACGCCGCCCACUUCCCCGCAUGCCAAAUCCUUCGUCACAGCCUCCUCUUCCUCUUUAAGUGGACCUCCAGUAACUGCCUUGGAUACUUUUUCCUUGGGCCAAGCCGCGCCGCCUCCUUCAAACACAACCCCACGGACGUCAACGAUCACCGCGACAUCAGCAAGUGGCAGUGGUGGAAAUGUGCCUUUCUCUGUCUCCGCCACGGGCCAUCGCCGACAUCCCAGUCUCAGUGGGGAUGGUGACUCUGUCGCGGAAUUGAAGAGACGACAGCAGGCCCAUCUUGCGGCGCAGUCUCUUGCGGUACCCUCGUAUGACGAAUUGGAACAUGCUGAGACUGCCAGCAUUGGUGCUGUGUCGCACUCUUCCCUCCGCCCUUUGCCACGUAUACCCCCGGCCGGCCCUUCCGGCCAAGCAUCGAGCUCGAACUAUGAUUACGACGAUUUACCGCCCGUUUAUACAGUCCAGUAA